CGCAUGCAUGCUUGCUUUAAUUUUCUCCCGUCUUCUUCUUCUUCCACGAGAUGUGAUCGAUGGUUGAAAGGGAAAGGGAUAGAUGGGAUCAGAUCUGAUCCUCUCAAAUACUGUCGUCUGGUCUCGUGUUCUUAGCACGCGUGAUCUGAUCACUCGUUUUCUCUUGCGGCGACUGCUUACCCGCAAAAUAUGGCUCGUUCUAUUUGGAUCGAUGCAUCUUGUUCCCACCUCCGGCUCGCAUCCAGACUGUACCACCAUUUGGGGCCGGCACAUCCAUAAACCGUGGAUCCAACAUAUACUGGGCCACCGGCUGAAUUCCGGCAGUUCAUAUGGGCUGCUGCUAUUUCUGGCAUCGAAAUGCUAAAUCCUUGGCGCGAUUUCCACCACCAAUUUGUCCGCUGUAGCUGCUCCUGUCCUGACCACUCAAACGUGCUUAAUUUCCGCUGCAAAUCCGUCCAUCUCGCGUCUCCCAGUACAUGCAUGUUAUAUAUUUGCACGACAAAGGUCAGCCGGUCCGGUCGUCUGCUCUCCGGAAAGAAGGUUCGCAACAGGAGAAGAAGAGCACACAUCAGCUGAGCUGUGCCGGCAAUGGUGUCUCCCCGAGCGGCCGUCGUCCUCCACCUCGUCGCCGCCGCCUCUCUCGCCGUCGCCCCCUCGAACGGUGAUGAGCCGGCGUACGGGUACGCGCCGGGGAGCGCGAACGGCCCGGAGAACUGGGGGAGGCUGAGCCCGGCGUAUAAGCUGUGCGGCGAGGGGAAGAAGCAGUCCCCCAUCGACAUCGUCACCAAGCAGGCCGUCUCCAGCCCCAACCUCGACUCCCUCACCCGCACCUACGCCGCCGCCAACGCCACGCUCAUCAACGACGGCCACGACAUCAUGAUGAGGUUCGAGGGCAAGGUUGGGACGAUAACGGUGAACGGCAAGGUCUACAGCUUCGUGAAGGUGUACUGGCACUCGCCCUCCGAGCACACCAUCAACGGCCAGAGGUUCCCGCUAGAAAUGCACUUGGUGCACAAGAGCGACGACGGUAAUCUCGCAGUCAUUGCAAUCCUCUACCAGUACGGCGCCCCUGAUUCUUUCUACUUCCAGUUCAAGAAGAAGCUGGCGGAGAUGGCGAAGGAGAAGUGCAACUUCGCGGAGGAGUCGUCGCAGGUGGCGGCGGGGCUGGUUCACCUGCGGUCGCUGCAGAAGCGCACGGGAAACUACUUCCGGUACACGGGGUCCCUCACCACGCCGCCCUGCAGCGAGAACGUCGUCUGGAACGUGCUGGGCAAGGUGCGGCAGAUCGCCAAGGAGCAGGUCGACCUCCUCACGGCGCCGCUGCCGGCCAAGGACAGCCGGCCCACGCAGCCGCUCAACGGCAGGGCCGUGCAGUUCUACAACCCGACCAACAGCACCGUCUCCUUCCAGGUGUGAUAUGAUCGAUGUGAGCUAGAGAACUAAUCGACUCACUGACGAUGUAUCAUGAAUUGAUUGUCACAUACAUAAACUCUGUUUCAUUUGGUGCGCUGUUGAUUGCUUUUAAUUUGGGUGUAACGUAUUUGUUGAGC